UACAUAUAUACGUAUAAGGACAAAAGAUGAAAUGUAUAAAUAUUGCUUCUAUAUAAUGUCAGAUUCUCCAAUCAAAAAUAUAAUUUGACACCAUAAUGAAGCUUCCAUGGAUAUCAGGAGUCAUACAGAGCUUGACCGUGUCCAACAAACCAACAUCUCUGAUCUCCCAUCAUGAGGACUACAGUGUGGGUCAAACUACGGGUGGUCUCAGCGUGUUCUUCACAAUACUGUGCAUAGUGGACCUUUUUGGUGUCUUCCCCGUCAUCGCAUUACCUAAAAGCGUAAUAUCUUGUGGUAUAUACGGAUUACCGCUUGUAGUGUGUGUGUUUGGACUGCAGUUGUACACUGCCGUAUUGUUAGGAAAAUGUUGGAUCCUCGCUCAGGAGAUAGCGCCUAACAUAAGCAAAAUGGAUCGACUACCAUACGCUGCAGUAGCAGAAUUAACUUUUGGUGUACCAGCAAGACGGAUAGUGACAUUUCUGAUAGACGCAGCCGUUUUUGGAGCCGGAGUUCCUAAUUUUAUUUUAGCCUCACAGAGCAUGCAGCUUUUUUGGUGGAAGAUCAGCGGAGGUGAGGUGAGCAUUACGUACUGUGUGUGGAUGCUGAUCAUAGCCCUCCUACUCUGUCCCGUCAUGUGGCUUGGCUCUCCGAAAGAUAUGAAGCCGUUGGCAAUGACAUCAGUGCUGAUUGUGACCACUGUAGCGGUGUCAAUCUGGUCAUGUAUACUUCAUGAUGAUGUCUCCCCGCCCAGUACUGGACGCUUGCUUGACUAUCAACCCAACCCUGAGGAAUUUUUCAUCGCUUACGGGAUUAUAGCCUUUCAGUUUGAUAUCCACCCACUUUUACUGACGAUUCAAGUUGAUAUGAAGGAUGGUAGGAAGAUCAACACAGCCGUUAUGGGAGGGUUUGCAAUAACCAUCACAAUGUUCACCGUUACCACGGCUCUGGCUGCCCACAGAUAUGGGAAUCAUGUUACCAGCAAUAUAUUGCAAGGUAUGCCAUCGUCAAUAACUUUAUACGUGGUGGCGCUGCUGGUCACCAUACAGCUGUGCCUCUCCAGUGCUGUGGGAAAUUCAGCUCUUUUCCAGCAUAUUGAAGAAUUAUUGAAAAUUCCUAGAGAUUUCAGCCUACAGCGCUGUCUGCUGAGGUCAGGGAUCGUGGGUUUGGCCGUGUUCUUAGGAGAAUCAGUUCCAAGAUUCGACUUAGUGAUGGGACUAGUCGGCUCAACGCUAACAGGACCGCUGAUGUUUGUUUUUCCACCAUUAUUCUUUCUUAAACUCUGUUACAUGAAAACAAAGAUGUCCGAAAAGAAGAAGAAGGCGUCAUUAAGUUAUCAGAACCUGAAGCAAAAUGGUAUUAACAAUGAUGCGCAUGGAAUUAAACAUAAGUCAAGUUGGACAUUUAAUACAGACAUAAUCAUUAAAAACAAUGUUCAAAAUGACGCACUGAAUUACAAACAAAAUGGUGACUCCAAUGGGAAACAAAAUGGCGGACUGUCAAAUUUCGAGCCUAUUUUAGAUUCCCACACCAAAUAUAAGACAUUUAGUAAUUACACAGAAAUUGGAAGUAACAAUAAUUAUGAAUGUAAGGUGACAUGGUAUGAUGUAGUUUUUGCAUCGACCGUUAUGCUGAUCGGUGUAACGACGUCAAUAGUAGCUACUUUUUCAAAUUGGUCGGACAGUAUUAACUAUGCAACUUUUUCGCCACCAUGUUUGGUUAACGCGACGGUAGCUGCCAGGAGUUUUAUCUAA